AUGGACGCUUUCGAAAAGAAGACUUGCAAGACCGCCCGGGGAUACGUCUACACCUACUACACGUUUGAAGGCGUCAGAUCUCUUCCGACUCUGUUGUUUCAGCAUGACUGGCCCGAUCAUGCAGAGAUGUGGAAGGGUAUCGCGGAACGUCUCGUUGAUACCAGAACUCCCAUCGUCAUACUGGAUAUGCUCUGCUAUGAUGGUACCGAUGAGCCGACUGAUCCAGCCGAGUACAGGUGGGACGCAAUGACAAAGGAUCUCAUCGACAUCAUCGACACCGAACAGGUCGACAAAGUGAUCUCAUCCGCUAUGACUAGGGGAAACUGUUUGCCGAUCCAGAUGCUGAGCCAUCUCGUUUAUCACAUCAUCUUCAUGACUUUGAAGCUCACAAAUUUGCGGAACAGCGGACACUUCGUACAACGAUUCGCCGCACGGAGAACUUAUAGCAUACCCUACAGAAGCGAUCUGCACGACAAUCAUUCGAGCGACUGGAAGAUCUCCGCCACGGACGAAAAGUUGAACUGCAAUGACGGAUACGGCACUGGUAGCAUCCGGCAGCGUUUGCUCGCGUCCGUGUUAGCAUCUAUUCAACAUGUUCGAUAUAAUUCAAAUAAGGAAGACAUCCCUAGAUCCAUCAAAAAACAUAAUUCGUUCAACAGACAAGAAUCCGUCCUCGCAGCCCUGCUUAAGCGCAUUUCCAUACUGGUGAUUGGUGCAGGCAUCGCAGGCCUGACUUUUGCCAUUGAGUCCUACUGGAAGGGCCACACUGUCCGCAUUGUCGAGCGUCGUUUGUCUCAGGAGAGCGCAGGAUUCAUGGAGCGCGCCAGAAAGAGAGCAAUUCCUCCAACGCUUACAAUGAAGAAGUUCAACGGUGAUGUCGUAGGAAGCUUCAACCUCGGUGACGAGAAGAACCCAUCCAUGGCCAUCUACCGAUCGGAGCUACACAAAGUGCUUCAUGAAUAUGCUUUACUUCUCGGAAUCCCGAUCGAAUUUUCGACAAAUGCUGUGGAUUAUUUCGAGACUGAAGACCAUGGCGGAGUAGAACUAGCGGACGGAUGCAAGCUAACCGCAGAUAUCGUGGUGGCUGCGGAUGGAGUUGGCUCGAAAUCAUGGCACCUUGUGGGCGAGAAAACUGCCCCAAUAAGCUCUGGAUUCAUCUUGUACAGGGUCACCUUCCCUGCUGCACCUGCAAUGGAGAAUCCAAUUAUCAGAAAGGAGUUUGAGGGUGUUGGCGACCGUGGGAUCCUACAUGCUGGCCCGGGAGCACACAUGGUUACCUGCCUAUCAGGUGAUAAAAUGUGCUGGAUGCUGACUUGCAAGGAUGAUAGCGACAAAGGCGGAGAAAGCUGGUCUCAGUCGACUACGAUCGACAAAGCCCUGGAAGCGACUAGUGGCUGGGAGCCAUUUAUUACCGAAGUCAUCAAAGCUACGCCUGGUCAUACUGUUCUUGACUGGAAAUUGAUGUGGCGUGACCCCAAGCCGCGAUGGGUAUCGCCUAUCGGCCGGGUGGUUCAGAUAGGAGACUCUGCACACCCAUUUCUUUCAACUUCAGCUAGCGGUGGAACUAUGGCGAUGGAGGACGCAUUUUCUCUAGCUGCAUGCUUACAAAUCGCGGAAAAGAAAGAUGCAUGCCUCGCAACCAAGGUGCACAAUCAUCUAAGAUUCGAGCGGGUUUCAUCGGCCCAGAAGAUGGGUUUCAAGAACCGCGAGGUGUUCCAUAAUACAGACUGGGAUUACGUCGCAAAGAACCCAGAGGCCAUGGGCAAGAUGGUUGGGGACUGGGUCAUAUACCACGACCCAGAGCAGUAUGCCUACGACUCAUAUCAAAGUUGCGCAGACCAUUUAUUGAACGGCGCACCUUCCAAGCACGGGAAUUCUGUACCGGGAUAUGCAUACAAGCCCUGGACUGUCAAACAGCUUCUUGAAGCGUUUGAUGCAGGUAAGCCUAUCUUUGAUGAAGGGGUAUGGGAUUAG